UUGUGCGGUACUAGUGACAGAGAAGACCGAGGGAAGAAGUGCCUGUCUGUCGCGUCGGUGGCGUUCUUCUUUCGUCGCGUUAGUCUCGUGUGCGCGUGACAGAGGAGCACAUAAUUGUGCGAGCGAGAGAAAGAUAGCGUGCAACGCUGUUCCGACGGAUCAUCGUUGAGCCGGUUAUAAGAAGAGAAAAGAAGAUAAGAGAAGAAGACGAAUACGGAGCAGUGUCGCGUCUUCUGAUCGAACGCGUGUUCUGUCGUUUUCGGUUAUUCGCUUGCUUGUGUUGUAUCCCGUGUCGUUGUGCAAUUCACGCUGCAUCGAGGACCAAAUUUCAAAAUUCCCGCGUCAGCCGUAUCGGCUGCCUAACCUCUCUUUCUUCCGUGACUCGAGGCGGACACACCUCUCGUGUUAAGUCGCCGAACGACGAAGACAGGAAAGACGGUGGCCGUCGCUCGGCCAGCAAUAAUGCCGCACGUGAGCAGCAGCGGCGGCGGCGACGAUCUCGGCAGCGAAGACGAGGUCAAGGUCUUCAAGGAUGAGGGCGAGGACGAGAAGAGGUCCUCCGAGAACCUCACGGAGGAGAAAAGUUCCCUCAUCGACCUCACAGAAUCUGAGGAAAAGGGCUCGCUUGCUGGUGGAAGUUACUCGACGACAGGCAAGACGUCAGCAAGAUCUGAUCUCAGCCCCGUCUUCGGUAAGGUGGAUCCGACGCCACAUACCUCGUCGUUCAACAUGGGCUACCUCGUCUCGCCGUAUCCUUACCCCAAUGGCGCCGGAGGACCCAUUCCUGUGUCUAUGGUGAGCAAGAUGGCCGCGCGAUACGCGACUCCAUUACGCACGCUCUUGCCCUCCUCUCUCUCUCUCGUUCUAGCCCCUUGUCCCUGGAACCCUGCUAAUUGUUGUCCUGUCUGUUGGUUUAACGUGGGAACAUUUGCAAGAUGCGCAGAUACGAAUCUCCCGCCGAAAAUUGGCCCCUUCGAAUCGUCCAAACUUAUUCGUUCGC